AUGAGCGAAAUCCAACUGCGUUUGCCUCCGACUGUCAAUCACAACCCGGUGCAUCCAAAUGCCAAGACAACAACACAUGUGAGUAAUGGCACAACAACUACGAAGACAAACAUUACAAGUCCCGUUUGUCGGAACUGUAAAACUCAAACCACCCCCCUUUGGAGAAGGGAUGAAACUGGUCAGGUAUUAUGCAAUGCUUGUGGUCUUUUCUUGAAGCUCCAUGGGAGGCCCCGACCAAUAUCCUUGAAAACUGACACCAUCAAAUCCAGAAAUAGAAUUAAACAGCCAAAUUCGACGAAGUCUUCGGGUCCCAAUACUCCAGAAUUAAAGUCAAAGGACUCAAAGCAAGUAAAUAACAAUGUUAAAAAAUCUCCCAAGGCUAAGAAAAAGUCUAGUGCCCUUAACAUUACCGCUACAGAUGCGAAUUCUUUGACUCCAUUACUACCUGCUGCUAAUGGCGGGAGGGGUCUGCAGAAUACCCAGAACGCUAGCCAAGGGUUACCGCAUCCCUCUUUUCAUUUGGCAAAUCAUCUUCAACAGCAGGUGCAACCGUUACAUUAUCCAUCGUCUACUCCAACUCAGUUCGCUCCAGGCCUUCAGAGGAUCACUUCUCCAUUGCUACUUUCUUCAACAUCGUCCAUUUCCCAUGCUAGAUCCUCUUCAGGUAAUAAUCCGAAUAAUAAUGCGGCAGUGCAAGCAGCUAGCACCCUUGAAAAUAUGUCACACGAAUUAGGUCCCAGUGCAACCUUCAAGUCUUCGGAGAGCAGUGAGACAAAUAAUGGCGUUUCUUUAAUGAAUAACAGCCUGUCAAGUGCAUCCAAAGACCCAUCAUUGGUUUUGUCAACUCCAUCUACAGCAUUAAAUCCAAACCCACAGCCUAUUCCUCCUAAGUUACCUAGCUUCAAUUCUGCUCCGAACUCGGGAGCUAGUAGUGCAGCAAUAUCCUCACCGUCUUUUGGACCUCAAUUUCACUUACAAGCUUCGCAAGCACCAAGUCUGCAAACAUCUAAACUAGAGGUAAGUCCAGUAUCUGAGAUUUCGGCUCGCAAUGAUUCUCCUGAUCUAAAGAAUAUGUCACUUCCUCCGAUAAGUAAAGUGUCAUCUGUAUCACACAAGGCACCUUUGCCUCAUUUUCAAAACAGCUUUGGAAAUUUCAAUAGUCACCUGUCCAAUAACCAGAGCCAAUCGUUUAAUGAAAGCAACGAUAACUCCAAUCUUCGAAACGAUGAUGGCCUGGGUAACCGUGGUAAUCGAAGUAAUAGAGAUAACAAUGACAAGAAUCAUGAUGUAACACAUUUUAAAACUAGAAUCUCGGAGCUCGAAUUAGUGAAUGAUUUAUAUAGAACCAGAAUAAUGGAAUUGGAGGCAAUGGAACAGGCUGCGAGAUUAAGAGAAAAUUCUAUGAGGAAAAGACUUGACGAAAUUUUAAACUUACAAGAUAAAUCUAUCCUAAGUUUGAAGAGAGAGAGCGAGGAACAGUCUGCAAGUCCUGCAAAAAGGUCGAGGUUAGACAUUUAA